AUGCCCGAGCCACAUCUCUCCCACGAUGAGUUCUUCACCAAGCUCGGCGACCUUUUCACAGCUCGCAAGGGCAAGGACCAUGGCUCAGUCUUCCUGAGCCAGAAACGAAUGGCCCAUGGCUCCAGUGCCCCCGUGCCAGCGGCUGAUGAUCCUCUGGCUGAUCUGAAAGGCACAGAUGACGGCGUCUCCUAUCCUGUCAUUGUCCGCGCCACCAACGGCAAGUCCGGCGAAGACAGGAAAGCCGGCAGGAAGAUGAAACUGGCUACCGUUGUUCAGUCUGACGCCCUGGAUGCCUUCUACGCACGUUACGCCGAGAUCUGCAAGGCCGGCAUGCUCGCGCUCAAGCCUAGGGUUCGGACAAAACGGAAGACCAAGUCAAAGAAGAAGAAGACAACGGCUUGA